GAUUUCCGUGGUUGUGCAACGUCCCCUUGAGGAGGAGCAGAGACGUGAGCUCCGCAUCACUUCCCCGCUCGGCUCCUGGUCUCCCGCAGCCGAGCCAUGGCCUGGGCGGCGGCCGGGAGCUGCCAGACCCGCGGCAAGCUGUCGGCACACACGCUGCUGUUCGACAUGCCGCCCGCGCUGCUGGGCGAGUUGUGCGGGGUCCUGGACAGCUGCGACGGCGCGCUGGGCUGGCGCUGCCUGGCAGAGCGGCUUUCGAACAGCUGGCUGGAUGUUCGUCACAUUGAAAAAUAUGUAGAGCAAGGGAAAAGUGGGACAAGAGAAUUACUUUGGUCCUGGGCACAGCAAAACAAGACCAUUGGGGACCUGCUACAGAUUCUUCAGGAGAUGGGGCAUCAGCGAGCUAUCCAGUUAAUUAUAAACCAUGGAAGAACUGUAGCUCCUUCAAAACAGAGCCUUCAAGAAAUAGGAGUUUCUAACAUGUCACCUAAGGAAACAACCAAGGUCGUAUCAGAUGAUGUUCUUAUUCCUGAACGUAAUAAAAAAGGAAUACCAUUUACAUCUUCCAUCAGCUUUCAAAACAUUCUAGAGGGAACCAAAAAUUUCCACAAGGACUUCUUAAUUGGAGAAGGGGAGAUAUUUAAGGUAUACAGAAUGGAACUCCAAAACCAAGCAUAUGCCAUUAAAUUAUUUAAACAGGCGAAAAAUGUUCAAUGGAAGAAGUUUUUAUCUGAGCUUGAAGUUUUAUUGCUGUUUCGUCAUCCAAACAUAAUAGAGUUGGCUGCAUAUUUUACAGAGACUGAAAAGUUCUGUCUGGUGUAUCCAUAUAUGAGGAAUGGAUCACUCUUUGACAGGCUACAGUGUGUAGAUAAAACAACUCCACUCUCUUGGCAAAUACGAAUCAAUGUAUUAAUAGGAGCAUCCAAAGCUGUUCAGUACUUGCACAACAUGGAACCAUGCUCAGUCAUCUGUGGCAGUAUAUCAAGUGCAAACAUACUUUUGGAUGAUCAGUUUCAACCCAAACUGACUGACUUUGCCAUGGCACACUUGCGACCCCACCUAGAACACCAGAGCUCUACCAUAAUAAGCAUGACCAACAGCAACAGUAGACACCUAUGGUACAUGCCAGAAGAGUAUAUCAGGCAAGGCAAGCUGUCUGUUAAAACAGAUGUCUACAGCUUUGGAAUUGUAAUCAUGGAAGUUCUCACAGGUUACAAAGUGGUGUUAGAUGAUCCAAAACAUACCCAGCUGAGGGAUCUCAUUAUGGAACUGAUGGAGAAGAGAGGCCUCGAUGCAUGUCUCUCAUUUCUGGAUAAGAAAGUGGAUCCUGGCCCUCGAAAUUUCUCUGCCAAGCUGUUCUUUUUGGCAGGACAGUGUGCAGCAAUGCGGGCAAAAUUGAGACCAUCGAUGGAUGAAGUCCUAAAUACACUUGAAAGUACUCAAGCCAGAUUACAUUUUGCUCAAGAUCCUCCCACCUCACUGAAGUCCUUCCGAUGUCCUUCUCCUCUGUUCUUGGACAACGUACCAAGUAUUCCAGUAGAAGAUGAUGAAAACCAGAGUUAUCGCUCAGUGCCUCAUGAUAAAGUGUUUAGAAGAGAUAGAAUGACUCAGAAAAUCCCCUUUGAAUGCAGCCAAUCUGAAGUUACAUUUCUGGGCUUUGACAGAAAGAUGAGGUGUCAGAGGAAUGAGGAUGCUUGCAACUUGCCCAGUUCUUCUUGUGAAGCAAAGUGUUCUCCAAAGCAAGCAGCUUCACCCCUGGACUCAAGGGCCUAUGAUCUGAAUAUGGCUCCUGCUGCAGAAGCCCCCAGACAUUCUUACCGGAGCAGGCCAGUGGAGACUAGCUGUUCCUCCACAUUUUCCUGGACUGAAUGUGAACAGUAUGAAAAGGAAUCAAUUUCACCUGAAGAUGAACAAAAUAACAAGCAUUGUGGAGGCAUCUGAGUGUGGGUAGC